AUGUCGCGCACCCAACCAUCCAUCCGCCUUCCCAGACAACAUUUACCGUACCACAUUUGCUCUUGUGGUGACAACGCUCGCAUCCAGCUCCCAUCUCCGGGUGGCGUGUCUCCAACUCUCAGUCCAUUGGUUACGCAUUCUAUCCUGAUUGACCUUUCACCCGCCACCCGAUGCCCGCUCUGUAUUUAUAUGUCCUGCCCAUCGUCGUCCCCGGCCUUCCUCCUCCCGCUUUCUUCCUCCCGCUUCCUCCUCCAACCCCAACUCCCCAUCUCUCUUUCUCAGCAUGUCUACCCCACAUAUCAGCCUUGCCGGCUUUGCCGCCAACACCCCUUUCCCCUCAUUUACCUCCGCUCGCCCGCAAACCUUGCCCGUUCUCAACCGCCUUGCCGCCGCCGCGGAGAGGACCGUCAAGCAUUCCAAAAAGAAGAUCUCACACAAGCAGCAAAUGGCCGCCAUCCACGCAGGGCGGCGAUAGUCUUCUCAUCUGUCCGUUUUUAUUUUCCCCCGGUAGAGAUGGAGGUGUGCAUUCGUCACGGGACGCGGUCUUCCAGGGGGGAAACGCAUCCGUUGUCGAGUCCUGAAGCGUUGAGCGCUGCGGCAACUCUCCGUGUCUAUUCCCGGCAGCUUCGUCCACUUAGUCGAACAAUUAGUAGUUGCAUCUACCAUAGAGCAGCCAAGGGCACGCUUUUCUCAUUCUAGUUGUGCGUCAUACAGCAGUGCUCAUCCGGAGUUUUGAUUCAAAAUCAUUUCCUGGCGUGCCACCAUCGCCAAUGUAAAACAUACCACUCGCACCA